ACCGACAAACCUCGCCACAGAGCUUUCAAGACUAUACCCUGAUUGGAUAUUUCUUGCUUUCCUCGACACUUCUAUUUUUCUAGUAAACUACCAGAGUAUCAGCGCAUAUGAGCUUCUAGUCUAUUUCCUUAUACGGCGCUUACUCCGAGGUUAGAGCUGAGAAAACAAUAGCUGCUAAGCCAAGUGCCUAUAUGGCCUUCAACUAGUGAUUGGAAAACAUUUUUUGAGCCUGGAUCGGCAUACAUUAUUUUGGCCUAUCGGCUACCCAUAUUGAGGUGCUCUCCUCAACAAAUGGCCCUAUAUUGAACUCGGACUGGAACGAAGAUACUUCUGAUAAAAUAAAAAUGCAGCUCAAAGGCCAAAUCGCAUAUCACGGGAUUGCAUACGUACAAGGAAAGGCUUCAGGUCCACUUGUCGCAAGCAACGUCGAAUUGAGCUUUUGGGGAGGUAUUGAUCCGCAAACAAGCGAAGUUAUAGAUCGCCAUCACCCGUUAAGUGGCAAAUACAUCCAAGAUGCAAUUCUCGCUAUUCCCAGCGGUCGCGGGUCUUGCUCUGGAAGUGGGGUCUUAUUGGAACUUUUACUUAACGGCAGGGGCCCGAAAGGCCUGAUAUUCUCAAGAAAGGAAGAUAUUCUCACCCUUGGAGUCGUGGUUGCGGAAGAAAUAUUUAAUAAGUCUAUCCCAAUAGUGAUUCUUGGGACGGACGAAUUUCAAGAUCUACAAAGUGCUACUUACGUAUCCAUAAAUGGAAAUAUAGUUUCAAAGGCGCAACAUAAGGGUGUACCAAAAAAUUUCGAAUUGGUUAUUGAAAACCCCCUGGGUACAAGUUUAAGUCGCCAUGUCGAGUUGUCUAAUGAAGACAAAGAAUUUCUAGAGGGCCUACAUGGUCGAGCAGCUCAGGCUGCUAUGCGUAUCAUACUACGCAUGGCUGCUAUAGAAGGAGCCAAUAAGCUAAUACACGUUACACAAGUCCACAUAGAUGGCUGUGUUUACACCGGGCCCGGAUCACUCAAUUUUGCAGAAAGAUUACGUGACUGGGGAGGCAAGGUCUUGGUUCCCACGUCUCUUAACUCUAUAUCCGUGGAUCAAAAGCGCUGGCGCUCUCAAGGUGUUACAUCCACAUUUGGCGAGGCGGCAGAGAAGCUAGCCACAGCGUAUACCGACAUGGGAGGCAGUCCAACCUUUACCUGCGCUCCCUAUUUACUUUCGAGUGCGCCAAAGAAAGGCGAUCAAGUAGCCUGGGCUGAAUCGAAUGCAGUUGUGUAUGCGAAUAGUGUACUUGGAGCGAGGACUAUGAAGUAUCCCGAUUUUCUGGAUAUAUGCAUUGCUUUAACAGGGCGUGCUCCGCACGGAGGGCUACAUUUGAAGCGUAAUAGACUGGCUUCACUUUGCGUGGAGUUGCCUGCUCUUCAGAAAGAAGAUAUUGAUGACUCGUUUUACCCUCUGCUUGGAUAUCAGAUUGGUGGCUUAGCGGGGAAUCGGAUACCUGUCAUCACAGGGCUUGAUACGGCACGUCCGUCGACAGACGACCUCAAAGCAUUCGGAGCGGCAUUUGCCACCAUGGCAAGCGCUCCAAUGUUUCACAUCGUUGGUAUAACCCCAGAAGCCGCCACGUUACAAGAUGCGAUAGGCGAGAGAGAUAGCAUAGAGUCGAUUAGCCUUGAUCUAAGGCAUCUUGAGACAAGCUGGAGAACGCUCAACAGCGCACAGGAUGACUCGCCUGUUGACCUCAUCUCACUUGGAAACCCGCAUUUUUCUAUUGCUGAAAUGAGAAAGCUAGCAAACAUUUGUCGAGGGCGGAAAAAAAAUGAUCGAGUUUCGAUGAUGGUGACUUGUGGACGAGCAACCCAUGGAUUAGCAAGUCAGGCAGGCCUGGUCGAAGAAUUAGAACGGUUCGGAGUUCAGUUUAUUACCGAUACGUGUUGGUGUAUGAUUGAUGAGCCUCUGAUUCCAACAUAUGCAAAAACCAUCAUGACCAACUCUGCGAAAUAUGCUCAUUACGGGCCAGGUCUCACGGGGAAGAAAUUUUAUUUUGGCAGCUUAGAAAGAUGCGUCACUGCUGCUUGUAGCGGCAGCUACGAUAAAGGAAUCCCCGAAUUCAUUAAGUAGAUCGUUAUUACAAUGUAUAUAGAACUUUGACGUUGAAGCGAGAAAAGAUCCUUCUUAUAAUGUUUAUAGUGUUAGAUUUAAGGGUUGACUCUUUUAUCAG